CGUCGCGCGCGUGUCGUUCGUCUCUCUCGCCCCGGCUUCAGUCAGUCCGCUGCGACGCGCUACGGUCGAAGGCGGUUUCUUGAGGUCCGUCGACGAAGCGCCGCGUUCGUUAUCGUUGGCCGUGUGACGGGACGCCGCGUGUCGGAACUCGGAGUCGUCCAAAACCUCGUCGAUACUUCGCGGCGCUUUGCGAAAGUUCUUUCACAACUUCGCAAGCAGGCCGCUGUCGUUUCCACGUCAGUGCACUUUUCUUUUUCAAAAAGAACAGCGGGACGCCAGGUCCCAUUAAGUGCCAUGGGAGACUAAAAAGACGUCGUUUCUGUUCAGCGACUUUUUUUCUGCGGGCAAAGUCGACGUGCAUCUUUUCUCCACUCCGGAUGACUACUGGCUUCGUGAUGAAACCGAGGAGUGUGUGAUCCGAGUGUUUGGUCCUCGCAGACUCCGGCCUUUCUGCUUCUUCGCGAAUGGCAGCCUUCUCGUCCCUGUGCUCGUCGUGAGAGUGCCUUGGGUAUCUUUGUCAUCCCCCACCUCAACUCAACUGCAACUGGUAAGCCCGUGAAGUGUCACUGUCAAAUGAAGUAGCCGGAGCGGCGGUGACACAAAACGUAGUCAAGUCGUGGUGUUGAAAAGCGUACUCCGUGAUUAUUUUUUUUUUCUGAACGCCAGUGUGGCGAUUCAUCAACCGCUCGGAUUCCACCAACGACCUACGUGAUUUCCGCGGGAGUUACAUUGCACGGCGGCCGAUUCAUUGGUGGAUGUGAAUUUAUUUAUUUUCCUUACUCCUUCGUGUUCAACGUAAACAACGACGCGCGACGGGGACGACCAACAGCUGCAUAUCGACACCUGUGGGUCUUCCUUCAGCACCAGUCUCAUUGGAGAAGAGAGUGACGUCAUCCUGUCCGCUCAGGAAGCAGUGAAAGCCAGCGAAACGCGCGGAACUGCAGCGCCUAUAUACGACUUCCGCACCGACGACGUCUCUCCGAAAAGAGAGGUGCCCACGGAGUGUCCUGCACGCAGCCGUGCCGUGCGCGAAUCCACAGCCGAAGUCGACAGAAGAAGGAGGAGGAGGCCAGAUGAAGAUCCCCACCGUGCGUAGCCGGGGUGUUCAUCCAUGAAUCGGCUCUACAGCGUCCUCAGCAACUUCCAGCAACAACCUGUCACCAGCCACCGAACACUGGUGCCCGGAGAGCGGUUGCCGAGCGGGAUCACCAAUGCGAGCGCCUCGGCGGCCAUGCAGCCCUCGUCCGCAAGCACCCUGGGCUCGAUUGCGAGCGUUCUGCCCACGCUCGAGGCGGCGGCCAACAACACGACGUCAGCGCUUCAGGAGGCCGCCGUGCCUUCUUCGGGACAUCCACUGGACAGUUGGGACCUGUCGUGCCGCUACAUCAUCGGCACGUUCCUGUUGAUCAUCAUCCUGACCGCCAUUACGGGCAACAUUCUCGUCUGUCUCGCCAUCUACACGGACCGGCGGCUUCGCAAGCUGGGCAACCUCUUCCUCGUCUCCCUGGCCGUGGCCGACCUGCUGGUCUCGUCGCUCGUCAUGACAUUCGCCGUCAUCAACGACCUCAUGGGCUACUGGGCCUUCGGGCCGCAGUUCUGCGACAUCUGGAUUGCCUUCGACGUCAUGUGUAGCACAGCGUCCAUCCUCAACCUGUGCGCCAUCAGCAUGGACCGGUUUCUGCACAUCAAGGACCCCCUUGGCUACGGUCGCUGGAUGACAAAGCGCGCCGUCCUCGGAACCAUAUGCGGCAUCUGGAUGCUGUCGGCACUCCUGUCGUUCUUGCCAAUCUCCCUCGGCUGGCACCGGCCUUACCCGGACUCCCUGCUCGUCGUGAAUGGCCUUACCAUGUGCGCGCUAGAUCUGACGCCCGAGUACGCCGUCACGUCGUCGCUCAUCAGCUUCUACAUGCCGUGCAUCGUCAUGGUGGCGCUAUACGCCCGCCUCUAUCUGUAUGCGCGCCGACAUGUGCAGAACAUCCGCGCCGUUACCAAGCCAUGCAUGGUGAACAACAAGGACCCGGGCAGUCCGACCAAGUUCCGAGCCAUCGGCGGCCAGUCUUCCCUCCACGUGAUGGACCACAAGGCGGCCAUUACGCUGGGCAUCAUCGUCGGCGUGUUCCUGUGCUGCUGGGUUCCCUUCUUCUGCGCCAACAUCGUGGCCGCCUUCUGUAAGACUUGCAUCUCGGAGGAGUGCUUCAAGUUCCUGACCUGGCUCGGCUACCUCAACUCGGCGCUCAACCCCAUCAUCUACAGCAUCUUCAACACCGAGUUCCGCGACGCCUUCCGUCGGGUCAUCACGGCUCACGCGUGCUGCAAGGCGCUCGCCGAACGUGCCCGGGCACCCAGCGACUUGUCGUACCGCACCAAGCGAAGCACCAUCUGCGAGACCCCGCGCGCCAACAGUCUGGCUGCGAUCAACUGCCGCCACAACAAUGUGGCGACCGCCAGUGAGAGGAUCUCGCUCCGUGCCGAGGUUGACACUCGCGUCGAGAUCAGCAUCAAGAGCAUCGGGGAAAUCUCAGACAUAUAGCAGUGACGCACCUGAGAGCCGGCGCACCACGCCGUCUAACGUUGUCCUCGUAUAACGAACACCACCAACCCGCCUUCGGACGCGCCCGUCGGACGAGUCUGCCGGAGGAGCUUCGACGACGCCUAUUCACAACGGACGAACGAUACCCGUACGUCCUCUGGCCGUCGCUUGAACCUACGGAUGAACUGUAGGCCAUGUCCAAAUACAGCGCCGCGGACGGCGUGCCCAGGCCACUACUUAUAAUGACUCGAGCAGAGUGUUAAUGUCUGCGCCCUUAAUUUAUUCAACGGGAAACACACGUGCGGCGAUCGGUGAGGGCCUGCAUCCGCCAUUCUACCUCAUCACUCUGUGCGCCAUCAUCUUUCUGUCGAGGAGCAUGGAACUUGGUCAUCCGGUCGAAUCGAAACUCAGUGCCACCUAGUGCUUGACCUGGUCGAUUGCGACAUGUGCGUUAGUUGUGAGACUACGCUCAGCAGGUGGCAGUGAGCUGCUACUAUAUAGUAUACUGCUCUUCGGUAAAGGAACGUUGGUUGGCGCAAGAUACAACAAAAAUGGAUGUUCGGCAGUCUCAGCGCGUGGCCGCUCGCGAGAGCCGCAUCUUUCGGCGAACUGCACACCGUGCGGUGAACAUUCCGUUCGGGUUGACUUUCUGUCGAGUACAGUGUGUGCCCCUACUUUUUAGACAAUUCACGCUUUCGUCGAGAUGAGCGCCUUUUCUUUGGGCGAAGUCUAUACUGUCCUAGUCGGCCGAUUGCGCACAAACGCGCGCGCGCGCACACUUAAUAUACCCCCGGUCACAGGCGGCCCAGUGUUCUUACGGGAGCCCCGACAAUCGGUCACACGAGCCUGAAAUCACACGUACGGGCGUCACACGAAAACGGAGACGUAACAGAAAUCUAUACGGGACAGCUGCGAACGACAACGCAGCGUUCGCAGAGUCGUGCCUACUCAGCGACGAGUUUCAAGCCGCCGAAUGCCUUGUUCCCCGUCAGCUUCCUUCUGUCUUCGACACGAGCCACUUCCUGUAGGCAGUGAGUGAGCGUCUUCAAGUGUAUCACAUGUGUUCCAUGUACGCACCACGGAUUCGCAAAGCUAUUGAAUUCACUCGUUACUCGCCCUAGCCGAACUUGUCGCCGCGCUGAGCACCGACCUCUUCCUUAUACGAACCGCUUAGUGAAGUCCAUAACUAAGUAUAAUCAUGGUAGGAUAGACGCCAAGUAACAGCAAACUGAAACUACAAGUGAAAAUCACCCUAUGAAACAAGUAUAAAUGGGCUAUAUGUGUGUGUGAGGUAGAGCAGAGUCAAUUUGUUUUGGCUAAGCUCGACUGUCGACUCCUGUACAGAACAGAUCGAACUUUGUGGCGACGAACUUUAAAGCAUUACUUCGAUGAGCUAGGUAUUCUCCCUUGGGGUCCGUCCGAAUGAAACAGGGGCCGCAUUCUGCAACCAUAUAUUUCGGUUAAUUGCCUUCGACCAAUGCUCUUGAGAGCGUUGCUUCAAACAUCAACGGCGUAGCGAAAAGUAACGUGGGAACAAAAGCAGUGACAGUUUUGUGCCGUGGUUUCGCAAACCGCGGGAAGCAUGCUCGACGAAAGAAACCGGCACCUAGUUGGAUAACCUUCCGUUUUCGCUGUUUGAACGUAGCGUAAAUAUCGGGCACAUUUAACAGCAACGGGCAACAGAAAUGCCCUGACUCUAAUAAACGCCCUUUAGUGCCUAUUGUACCACGCGAAGGAAUCGCCGAAAAGAAUAGCUUCAGAACGCGGCCCUGUUUCGUUUUCAUAUUACGCGUGUCAGAGUAGCAACGAGUGUAGUGACUUGAAUGCUCGUUUCCGAAACUCGUUAUGUAUGGAUCAGGAACCUUUAUGCUUCGAGAAAAGAAAGGAGGGGCUUCGCGACGUCACCUUGUGUGACGUCGCGGCCCGUGACAUCGCGCUGCAAUCCAGUCUGGGCGAUAUUAUUUCGUGUAGCUCUCCAACCGUAUCACAACUAACCUCUCAUCUUCUUUCGCCUUCUCUCUCCUCUCGUGGUCACUAAUAGGGCAUGACUGACUGUUUUGACCUUUCGGACUCCCAGCCACUGAGUACGCACUGAGCAUAGUUUUAGCCACUGUAACGCCGGCGUUGACGCUUCUUAAAUGGAGCUUCCAGUUGUAUAUAAGUCCCUUUUGCCGCGCCUUUCGGAUAGCAAUGUGAAAAUGGUGUGGACAGGAACAAGUCCGGCAUCUUCAUUCUCUUUCCCCGUUCCUUCUGUAACGCGACCUCGGUGCCUAGCGCGUUUUGACAGUUCUGGUCUCUCAUUUCGAGGCGACCACUUGCGGGCGAGGCUGCUUCGUCUCACUCUGUUGUGCGUGCGUGUGAAUGGGGUCGCGCGUGGCCCGUCCUAUAUGUACAUAUUAUAGCCAUACGAGUAGCCCGUGUAGUCAGUGUCUCUUGUCAGGAGAGGACGGCCAAUCGCAGGAGCGACCUGGGUACAGGUCGCGCGCACGCGAGCCACCGUGUCCCUGCUUCGCUUGGCUCGCGACCGAUCACUCGUCACGUGAUGGGACUGCGGAGAAUCAAGUGACUGUCCUCUUUCUCUGUCCUGCAGCGCGACAACUCGACUCGUAGAACGUAAUCUCAAUCGGACAAGUGAUGCGUCAUUGGACCUAAUAAACGGAUUGCCUGUUUUUGUUA